ACAACAGCUGUCCCCACAUCUCUUCUCUGUCCACUGUCAGGAAUAGCCGGCCCAUAAGAGGCCUCCCCCUCUCUUCAGCUCCGCUGCAACAGUCUUUGUCCGCUCUCUCAACUUUGGCUUCAUACUGAUUUGACUGGUGACAUCUGGGGGUUUUCGGGAGUUGUGGAAUAACUUCACAAACAGUUUCCCCCCACAUCAUCAUCAUCUCAUCAAUCACUGCCCAUGACAGCAGAUCAGCCAACAUGGCAUUCUCAUCUCGCUUUUCCUUCUGGGAACAAAAGAUCAAAGAAGAGAACAAGCCAGAAAGCCCAAGUUCAGAAAGUAACGGGCUGUCCAGCCGUGCCAAGUCAGUGCCAGCCCUUGAUCCUGGCAGGGGCUUAUUCCGGGUAAAAAGUCCUCCACCGCGUCCCAGUACAGAGUCGGGGGUCAGGGUCAGGAGUCCCUCCCCACCUAGACUCAGGACACCUGUUGUGCCAGAGCGACAUAAGACACCACCAAAGACAGGAGAACAAGAACAAAGCCUUGAAAGACAACACAAUUCUGGAAACUCAGAGCCAGCUAUGAACAACGAGAGACAGCAAAAUGGAAUAAUGGGUAAAAGUGUGGUCAAUGGUACAGGCAACAGCUAUGUCAAAGAUCCAGGCACCACCCAGAUGGAUGCUACGGAUGACCAAAGUUAUGGACAUAAGAAAGUAGUAAAGGUGGUUCGUCGUGUUGUCAGGAAGAUCCUGCCUACAGAAGAGGAUGAGACCCAUGGGCCAACAGUGCCAUCAAACAAGUCCUUGCAGGCCACCAAACCUGCAGCACCAGCUGCUGUGUCUAAACCCCCCACAAAUUCAGGGUUCUCUUUUAAACACGAUGGUUUUAAAACAGAAGAAAAGGACGACAUCUCACAUGGACUGACGAGCCUCAUGGUCAGAGGCAGAACACGAGAGCCCCGUCCACGAGUACGCAAUGAGGAACGAAUGGAAAAAAUAGAGUUGGAGAGGAAAAAUGAGAAGAAAGAAGAAAAGGUUGAGCAGGCAGAAACAAAGGAGCAGCACCAAAAGGACAAGUCUACAAUAAAACCAAAGGAAGUCAACCCUAUACUCACAAGUUCUGGUCCAGUUACACAAGGGCCCAAAUCAGCUGUAAAUCAAACCAGCACGGCUUCAAUGAGCUCAGCUCCAGCUUCUUCCAAAUCCACUCAUUCCAGACCCUCACCUCUUUCACCUGUUGCUGGCUCGACCCCAGCUUCCAAAUCCACACCCUCGUUUCCAUCUGGUGGCUUCACCCCUGUAUCCAAAUCCACCAUUUCAAAUUCUCUUCAAACCAACUCAGUUGCCCAAAAAGCUUCCACCCUCUCUCCUUCAUCUCGUUUCAUCCCUGUCCCCAAACCCUCUCAAGUUGCUACCCCUGCCUGUCUGAGUCCCACUCCACUCUCACACUCUCCAAGAGUUCUUCCCAUUCAACAACCUGUUGUCUGUCAACAAGAGGAGGUGCCACUCAGUCCCACCGAGGAGGCUCAGAGGCGUCUGAUGAGGAUCUUCGGUGUCCCUCUGGAGCCAACAGUCAAUGUUUCGUCCUCUGUCCAAGUCCAUGUCCCUGCAGCCUCGCAGCCGCAGUGUUCCCUCCAGGGAUCAGUGGAAGAGGAUCCUGUGGCCCUUCUUCAGGCGUCUCAUGCUGCAGCUCAGCAAGCCCAGGUGAAGACAGAGGAGCAGAUUGCGGCAGAGCAAGCCUGGUAUGGAUCAGAGAAGGUCUGGCUAGUCCACAAAGAUGGCUUCUCUCUGGCCACUGUGGUGAAGACAGAAGCUGGCUCCCUGCCAGAGGGCAAGGUGAAAAUCAAGUUGGAGCAUGAUGGGACAGUGCUGGACGUGGACGAAGAUGACAUUGAAAAGGCCAACCCUCCUUUGUACGAUCGAUCAGAGGACCUGGCUUCACUGCUCUAUCUGAAUGAGUCCAGUGUGAUGCACUGUCUGAGGCAACGCUAUGGAGGCAAUCUCAUUCACACCUAUGCCGGACUCAACAUGGUGGUCAUCAACCCUCUUAGCACACCCUCCAUGUACUCUGAGAAGGUUAUGCACAUGUUCAAAGGCUGUCGGCGCGAGGACUCUGCGCCUCACAUCUACUCCGUGGCUCAGUCGGCCUAUCGCAACCUACUCACCACCCGGCAGGAUCAGUCGAUCGUGCUGCUGGGCAAGUCUGGCAGUGGCAAGACCACCAACUGUCAGCACCUGCUCCAGUAUCUGGUCUCCAUCGCAGGAAGCACAGGCAAAAUCUUCUCUGCUGAGAAAUGGCAGGCUGUAUACACCAUCCUAGAGGCUUUUGGCAACAGCUCCACUGCUAUGAACACCAACGCCAGCCACUUCUCCCAUGUGGUGUCCCUUGACUUUGACCAGGCUGGGCAGGUGGCCUCGGCCUCCAUCCAGACGAUGCUGCUGGAGAAACUGAGGGUUAGCAGACGACCUGAGGGAGAAUCUGCCUUCAAUAUUUUCUACUACAUGAUGGCAGGAGCUGACAACACUCUCAGAACGGAGCUGCACUUUAACCAUCUGGCUGAGAACAGUGCGUUUGGGAUCGUACCACAGUCUAAGCCUGAGGACAAGCAGCGAGCCUCGCAGCAGUUCACCAAGUUGCAGGCGGCCAUGAAAGUGCUGGGAAUCUCUGGUGAAGAGCAAAAGGCCCUUUGGCUCAUCCUGGGAGCCAUUUACCACCUGGGAGCUGCAGGAGCCACUAAAGACGGAGAUGAAGUUGGACGUCGGCAGUUUGCCCGUCAUGAAUGGGCCCAGAAAGCAGCCUACCUGCUGGGCUGUACCUUGGAGGAGCUGUCCUCGUCUAUCUUCAAGCACCAGGCCAAAGGACUGCAGCAUUCCACCUCAUUCAGAGGAGCACAGGACGAGAGCGGCCAAGGCGACAGCUCAGGCUCUAAGGUCACAGCUCUGGAGUGUUUGGAGGCCAUGGCAUCAGGACUCUACUCGGAGCUCUUCACGCUUGUCAUUUCUCUCAUUAACAGGGCUCUUAAGUCCAGCCAGCACUCUCUGUGCUCCCUGCUGAUAGUGGACACUCCGGGUUUCCAGAACCCUCGGCUGGCUCAGCAGCAGCGGGGAGCCACAUUCGAGGAGCUCUGCCAUAACUACACCCAGGAGAGGCUGCAGACCCUGUUCAAUGAACGCACCUUUGUCCAGGAGCUGGAGAGAUACAAGGAGGAAAACAUAGAGCUUGCUUUAGAUGACAUAGAAUGCAGUACCUCGCGGUCUGUAGCAGCUAUCGAUCAAGCCUCGACCCAAGCUCUGGUCCGCACUCUGGCCAGGACAGACGAGGCUCGAGGCCUUCUGUGGCUGAUGGAGGAGGAGGCUGUUCAGCCUGGCGGUUCAGAGGAAACCAUGCUGGAGAGACUCUUCAGCUACUACGGCUCUGCACAGGGAGAGAACAAAGGUGCCAGUCAGCUGCUGCGAGGAGAGAAGCCCCACCUCUUCCUGCUCGGCCACAGCCACGGGACGAAUUGGGUCGAGUACAACGCUCAAGGCUGGCUGAGCCACGCUAAACAUAACCCUGCUGCCCAGAACGCUGCCACACUGCUGCAGGACUCCCAAAAGAAGAACAUCAGUGGGCUGUUCAUGGGCAGGGCCAGCGGGGCCACAGUGUUGUCAGGCUCCAUCGCUGGUCUUGAGGGCAGCUCCCAGCUCGCCCUGCGACGAGCCACCAGCAUGAGGAAAACCUUCACUACAGGUGUGGCUGCUGUCAAGAAGAGGAGCCCCUGUAUCCAGGUCAAACUCCAAGUGGAUGCGCUGAUUGACAUGGUGCGUCGCUCCAAGGUUCACUUCGUCCACUGCCUGCUGCCCAAAGCAGAAGCUGUGGGAGGAGGCGGCGAGCCACGCGUGACACACGGAGAGAGUGCCGACUCGGGCCUUAUGACUCUAGAUGUCGGCCUCCUUAGGGCUCAGCUUCGGGGUUCAAAGCUGCUCGAUGCUCUGCGCAUCUACAGACAAGGUUACCCAGACCACAUGGUAUUCUCCGAGUUCCGUCGACGCUUUGAUGUCCUGGCGCCGCACCUCACCAAGAAGCAUGGCCGCAACUACAUUGUCACAGAUGAGAAGAGGGCAGUGGAGGAGUUGCUGGAGUCCUUGGAGCUUGAGAAGAGCAGCUACCACAUGGGGCUGAGCCGGGUCUUCUUCAGAGCGGGGACUCUAUCUAAGCUGGAGGAGCAGCGGGACGUUAAGACCAGGAGGAACAUCUCUCUGUUCCAGGCUGCCUGCAGAGGAUACUUGGCCCGACAGGCCUUUAAGAAGAGGAAGAUCCAGAACUUGGCCAUCCGCUGCAUCCAGAAGAACAUCAAAAAGAAUCGUGGUGUCAAACACUGGCCAUGGUGGAAGCUCUUCACCACCGUCAGACCUCUGAUCGAGGUGCAGCUCACCGAGGAGCAGAUCCGUGGAAAGGAUGAGGAGAUCCAGCAGCUGAAGCAGAAACUGGAGAAGGUGGAGAAAGAGAGGAAUGAGCUGAGACUCAACAGUGACCGUCUUGAGAGCCGGAUCACAGAGAUGUCAUCAGAGUUGGCUGAUGAGAGAAACACCGGGGAGUCAGCCUCCCAGAUGCUGGAGACAGAAACUUCUGAGAGACUGCGUCUGGAGAGGGAUAUGAAGGACCUUCAGGGCAAGUUUGACACGAUGAAGAAACAGAUGGAGGUGAUGGAGGCUCGACUAAUUCGGGCUUCUGAACUCAAUGGAGAGAUGGAUGAUGAUGACUCAGGAGGCGAGUGGAGGCUGAAGUAUGAGCGAGCCAUCAGGGAGAUUGAGUUCACCAAGAAGAGACUGCAGCAGGAGUUUGAUGACAAGCUGGAGGUGGAGCAGCAGAACAAGCGGCAGCUGGAGAGGAGGAUCAGUGACCUGCAGGCAGAUAACGAGGAGUCCCAGCGAAAUGUCCAGCAGCUGAAGAAGAAAGCCCAGCGACUGACGUCAGAACUCCAGGACACCAAACUUCACCUGGAAGGUCAACAGAGCCGCAACCAUGACCUGGAGAAAAAGCAGAGGAAGUUCGACAGUGAGCUGAGUGGUGCUCAGGAGGAGGUGCAGAGGGAGAAGAGCCUGAGGGAGAAACUUGCCCGUGAGAAAGACAUGCUGACUGGAGAGGCUUUCAGUCUGCGACAGCAGCUCGAGGACAAAGACUUGGAGGUGUGUGCACUCAACCUGAAGCUCGACCAGCUGGAGGCCGAGCUGCAGGACCUCAACUCCCAGGAAUCCAAAGAUGAAGCAUCGCUGGCCAAGGUGAAGAAGCAGCUUCGAGACAUGGAGGCCAAGGUGAAAGACCAGGAGGAGGAACUGGACGAGCAGGCCGGAAACAUUCAGAUGUUAGAACAGGCCAAGCUGCGUCUGGAGAUGGAGAUGGAGCGUCUUCGCCAGACCCAUUCCAAGGACAUCGAGAGCAAAGAUGACGAGGUGGAAGAGAUCAGACAGUCGUGCAGCAAGAAGCUGAAGCAAAUGGAAGUCCAGCUUGAAGAAGAGUACAGUGAGAAGCACAAGGUGCUGAAAGAGAAGAGAGAGCUGGAGUCGAAGCUUCUGUCGGCACAGGACAAGGUGAGAAGCGGCGACAUGGAGACUGAGAAGCGUUUGAGGAAAGACCUGAAGAGAACCAAAGCUCUGCUGGCCGACGCACAGAUUAUGUUGGACCACAUAAAGAACAAUGCACCCAGCAAGCGGGAGAUCGCCCAGCUCAAGAAUCAGCUGGAGGAGUCUGAGUUCACCUGUGCAGCUGCAGUUAAAGCUCGCAAGUCCAUGGAGGUGGAAAUUGAAGACCUACAUGUCCAGAUGGAGGACAUCUCCAAAACAAAGCAGGCGCUGGAGGAACAGCUGAGUCGUUUCCAGAGGGAGAAGAAUGACCUGCAGUCCAGGAUGGAGGAGGACCAGGAGGACCUCAACGAGCUGAUGAAGAAACACAAGGCUGCUGUGGCACAGUCAGCCCAGAACCUGGCUCAGAUCAGUGACCUACAAGCCCAGCUGGAGGAGGCCCUCAAGGAGAAGCAGGAGGUUCAGGAGAAGAUGCAAGCCCUGCAGAGCCAGCUGGACUUUCAGGAGCAGUCCAUGGUGGAGAAAUCCCUUGUCAGCCGGCAGGAGGCCAAGAUCCGUGAGCUGGAGACCAAGCUGGAGUUUGAAAAGACGCAGGUCAAACGUCUGGAGAGUCUCGUAGCUCGUCUCAAGGAGAACGUGGAGAAGCUGAUGGAGGAACGAGAUCAACGCAGCAGCAGUGAGAUCCGAGAGAAGGAACAGAACAAACGUCUGCAGAGACAGAUUCGCGACGUCAAAGAGGAGAUGGGUGAACUGGGUAAAAAGGAAGCUGAGGCCAGCCGCAAGAAACACGAGCUGGAAAUGGACAUAGAGAGCUUAGAGGCUGCUAAUCAGAGCCUCCAAGCUGACCUCAAGUUGGCCUUCAAAAGGAUUGGUGACCUACAGGCAGCCAUCGAGGAUGAGAUGGAGAGUGAUGACAAUGAAGACCUUAUCAACAGUUUGCAAGACAUGGUGACAAAGUAUCAGAAAAGAAAGAACAGAACUCAGGGGGAUUCUGACACAGAUUCUGAGGUGGAGGAUCGUGUGGAUGGGGUGAAGUCGUGGUUGUCCAAAAGCAAAGGUUCUGCCAAGAACCUGUCAGAUGAUGGCAGUCUCAAGAGCUCCAGCCCCCCUGGUCGAAGACACUACUACUUCACUAGAUCUGACGAAGAGGAGGAGGAAGAAGAAAAAGAAGGUGGGGCGACCCAGGACGCUUACUACUCCCGAAACCGAUACAGCAGCCAAGUGAAAGACGACGACAGUGAGGACAGGCUUUACGAGACCACGUCAUAGUCUCCGCUCGCGCCGUCCACCUCGGAGAAUGCGCCGUCACUCAGCCGUCAGUCUGUCUUGCAUGCACAGCCGACCACAGCUGCGGUCAAUUGGUCACAACCACAAAACCUGAACACUCUCAAGCCUGCGGGGGAAAGUCAAGACGAUGAAAUGAUGUAGUCGUUGUUAACAACGCUCAGUCGGCUGAGGCGAAUCCUCGUGGGGUUUGAGCACAGUUUGACAAACUACACAGUCAUUUGGACUCUUCAUUCAUCAGUCUGCGCUGGCUGCCUACACACACACACACACACACACACACACACACACACACACAGAUUAACCUCUCCACUCUGCUGGCUGCAUGCAAGCAGCAGUUGCUUGGUUUGAGCAGCCAUCGUGUUGAAACUCCAGUCAUGGUUGUAACUGAGCCAAAGAACUUGAGGUUGUAAUGAUAAUAAGAGUCUUUGUUUCCCUCUCUUUGUCUCCGUCACUCUCUCUACAUAUAGUACACCACAAUAAUGUAUAUUUCCACUGUACAAUGUAUUGCCAAAAAGCCUUUGUUCCAAGUACGUAUGCAUACUGUUUAAUGUAUUUCCAUUUGAUGCUAAUUCACGGACAAAGUUCCAGCUUUUUCUUCCUCCUCUUCUCUUGGGAUUUUUGGGAUAAGUGCCAUUUGACUCAAAUGGGCUCCUCUACAGCUGGUUUCUCUGCAGCUGUGGCGCUUCCUGAACUGCUGCACUCUAAACUGAAGAUGCUAUCAUUAUCAUCUGCUUGCUUUUUGUUUGCCUGAAAAGUUUUCUGCCUUUUGCCAGCAAAUGAUCUCUUCCUCAUAGAAGAAUAGAAUUGCAUCACUUUCCGCUCGCUUUUCUCUGCCUUGAAAGCAAAGCUGUUUUUUGUUUUUUUUUCACCCUCAUUUUGAAUCUUUUGUUAUUGAUGUUUGACAGAUUUUCUCCUGCAGAGGACUGCCUUCCAGAAAAUCAAUUUCCAUGGGUUUUAUGCUCUGUCUUAUUAUAUUUCGACUUGAUUUGAAUACACACUUGCCAGACAUUAGUGAGGAGACUUUGUCCUUGUGCUUGUUGUUCACAUACCGUCUGUGUUUUUGGGUUUGAUGUGCUUUACCUUUCCAAAGGGAAUUUAUUUAACCUUGGGCACCAAUCAUUUGUCGUUUUAUUACAAAAACCACUGAGCAAAUUUUAUCCUCAGCCACUAUGAUGAAGGAACAAGCUGGUGUUAUCUGUUUAUUUUUUUAUUAAGUGAGCAAAUCCCAUGGAAAGACAUAAAUUGGUAAUGUGUUUUCAUCUUUAGGAAUAGUAUGUAAGCUCAAAGGUGUACUUGAAAUGUUUUUCAGACUUCACAUUAAGCCUUUGGUUCCAUGUCGAUACCAUAUACUAUUUCAAUUAGAAUGCUCUGUCGAGUGCAGACUUCCACCAAGGCCCAUUCUACACUUUUCUGAUGGAUCUGCACCAAAGUUAAUGAUGUUGUUUUUGUUGGCUUAUGCUUCCAUGUCUCCACAAAUGUCUGUGGAAAGGAGUUGAGUACUUUCUUCAAAUUUAACAGAUACCGGUGAAAACAUAACCACCUUGUCAAAGGUUCAGUAAUGACGUCCUGAAUUACUUGAUUUUUCCAUCAAGUUUGGUUUGAAUGAGUAAUUCAGUGUCUUGAAAACUGUCGUCUGAGAUUUUAACAGUUCCUAAUGACCUAGCUUAGUUUAUUCAUAGGAGAGUUUAUGAUAUCACUAUCAUAAAGUUUGUAUGCUGCUGGAUCAUACGAGUGGAUUAUGAAAUGUCAACAGCAUCCGUCUUGAGAAACAAAAUCACAUAACCUUAUUAAUUUAAACACACCCGGUUAUAAUAUGUUGUAGAAAGAGGGAUUUUCUUUCAAGUCAGAGAACAAAAAACCCAAAUUCUUACCAUUCUUGCAUCAUUACCUCUGACAGUGACAGUGCAGAGUAAGUCCUGUUGCACUUAUACACUGAGAAAACAUUUGAUUAAUAACUGACGGAUACAAAAAAAGCAUCUGUUUCAGAGUCAGGGUGGUUUGAUGUUGGACAGGACGACAGUUGAGUCAGAGACGCUGAUUAAAAUGUCCGCUGCUUACUUUGGGAUUUGAAUUUUCAUGGGUUUUGACGAUGAGCCGAAAAAUCUAGAAUAUCACCAGUCUUCUCCUUGAAGGCUUCGUCAGGUACUUUAACUUGAACUCCAUCAACUGGACUCACUGCUGCAGCCUGUACAAGCAAUACUGUGAAAUCAUUGAGGCUUCUUUAUUGUCAGGUUUCCCUUUUAUUCAAAGGGAAACAACAAACAAACAAACAAAGAGACGCAGUGAUGCUUCCAAACAGCAAGUACUUGCAAGAGCAGGAAGCUGCAUGUUCACGGUUGCUCAGAUGUUACAUCACACUCUUUGGUCGUCUGUCUUUUAAUUUGCUGAAAAUGUCAUUUUGAAAUCCAGAAGCGCUUGACCUGGUGUGUGGGCCUGGAAGCAAAAGGAAAUCGUGGACGUUCUUUAUUGUGGGAGAAAUUUGGGCCUUCACCUUUUAUUCUCUAUGCAGUCAAAUGUUUUUGUUCUUUUCUUUCUUUCUCUUUCUCUCGCUCUCUUUAAUUGAUCUUGACAAAGUGUCUGGCUUCAACAGGAAAACAAACGAACGAGCAGACAUAAUAUUAAAGACUGCACACAGUAUUUAUAUAUAAAUAUGUGUAUGAUCCAUGCUAGCUUUGAAAAUACUUCAUGUUUAUUUUCAAAUUGACCACUUGGUAUAAAUUUUGCAUUAUAGUUUAAUAUAUUGUAAAUAAAUGAUGGUGAUUGUUUUA